AUGUCGUCAGCGGAACUGCUACUUUCUACGUGGAAGAAAGGUCAGAAGCGAUUGAAUGAGUUUUGGAACUGUUGGAGAUCUGAAUACCUAACCAGUCUACGAGAACGGCAACAAUCGCAGUUGAAACAGGUUGCUCAUUCUACCGUGAAGCCAAGGAUUGGACAUGUGUGCCUCAUCAAGGACGACGCGCCCAGAGGUAUGUGGAAACUGGGUAUCAUCAGCGAACUUCACGCUAGUCGUGAUGGAGAAACGCGUUCCGCCACUGUGAGGACGCCCAAUAACAAGCUCCUACGGCGCUCACUACAGCACCUAUAUCCGUUGGAGUGUGAGUCUGCUCGACCUGCUGACCACUCGUCGAAUGAACCACAGCCUCCCGCUGUAACCAACGACGCACACGUCCCUGCAACAGCUUCUCGACCGGUAAGACGAGCUGCUAUCGAAGGCUUAGGACGUGUCCUGGAUUUGCACGAGGCAGACUUGGUUUAG